UGUGGGAGCUGGAUGACCAAUGACCGCCUCGGUCAACUCUCCGCCUUGAGCCGCAACUCAUUGCGAAGCCAUGCGAUACAUGCCCUUCACCUCCAAUGGCUCCAGAUUGCGGCUUCUAGACAGAUCUAUUACUUAACUGCCCGCGUCUCUCUCCCGAACCCUGUUCCCCUUGGAGCUGUCGCCUGAUCAACAGGGUGACGCUCAUAUCCUACCAGCGCACUCGGCCAUCGCAAGCACGCAGUCGUCGUCGCACACAAUCUUCUCUUGGCUGGACAAUACUUGGCUGGACAAUACUUGGCUGGACAAUACCACCCGUCUUCUCAUUUUGGAGGCCUCGGGCUUCAAUUGAUACCUCUCCGCCAUGGAUCGACCGGAGCCUGGCCUGGUCAAGUGGUGCACCCAGUCCUCAGUCGACAGCUUCAUCCACAUCAACCUCCAACACCGUGUCGUCCAGGUAUAUGAGCCGACCGGGCACGCGCGUGCCGGCCGGUUCGAUUAUAAAAAGGUCAACCGCCACGAUGAUGUCCCUCCCCUCACGACGUACGACUGGUCCCCGACCAACCCGGGACUUCUGGCUGUCGGCACCGGGACUGGCAUCGUGAAUCUGUUGAAGAUCGACGAUGGCUCUAAUGCCUAUGUCGAACUCGGCCUCAAAAUGUCCCGCACAUGUCAGGCAGUGGCCUUCAAUACCACAGGGCUGUUGGCGGUUGGCCUUGACCGCGUUCGCAUGGAUCAGUGUCUACACGUCUGGGAUGUUAGCCGUCUAUCGUCGUUCGACAAGCACACUAAAGGCUUCCCCUUGGAUGCAGCCAACAUUACAGAUCCAAAACACCGCCUCGAGCCUAGUGUUUCAGUCUCCAGUGUCAAAUUCUUUGAAGACAGCCCCCAAACACUCGUGGUCGGUAUCAAGGCUCAGGGGCUACGAAUUCACGAUCUUCGAGAUCCCGGAAGUGUUAUCACUUUCCAGACGAAAUGUAACAACAAUCUUACAGUUGAUAAUGACCCGAAUUAUUUCGCCUCAUCUGCUCUUGAUCACCCCGGAAUCAUGAUAUGGGAUCGGCGUGCUACGUCAAGGCCGAUAGCCUCCCCUGGCUACUUGCAGGCAGUUGAUGAAGAUGAGCUUCCGUGGGGAGGAGCCCUCCGACUUGAUCGCGUCAUUGAGACCGACUCAGAUCCCUUUUUGGCAGAGGGCAAACAUUCCCUUAUCCGUUCACUCAAAUAUUCCCGUGAUCAGUGUGGCCUACUUGCUGUGCUGUCACGUACCGGUCAACUCAAGGUGUUGCAGACCAACAAGGAAAACCCGACUGUCAUUGAAGAAAGUGGCCCCGAACUUCUGCAAGUUCAGAAAUCACAUGAAAUGGAUGUCUCCUACGUGGAGACGUCAAGGAAGAACGACCGGAUAGUUGCCUUUGACUGGAUCCCUUUAGGAUCCACAGUCUUGCGACCGAGAUUGCUUGUACUACGGGCAAAUGGCAACUUCGACAUUUUGGAACAGCCAUCCAACACAGCUGACCACGUCUUCAAGCUGGUACCAUGGCAAGCGCCCCAUCGUGGGCUGGAAGAUGGUGCUCCAUAUCAUAGCAUGAUGAAAUUUGAACCUUCUCAAGCCUCUGGGAUGUUAGGGCCUCUUCUCAUAGAGCAAAGUUUAGCAGAAGUUGCCCUGUUUGGGCCGGAGAGUGCCAAAAUCAGGGCAGAUGUCGAAACUACGCUAAAGUCCAACACUCUGUCGUCAAUAACGAUCGAUGAUAUUGCAGCAACUGCGACCCCGUUGCCGGAAGAAUUCCGCAGCGCCCCGGUUGUUGGCGCCAAGGUCCGCGCAUUGCGGGCAUUUGCCCGCGAUGAGUUCACGCCAUCUGCUUCGGUGAACGGGGUGAAGCCACGUGUUGGCGAUACUAAGAUGGUCCAACCCGAGACUAGCAAGUUGACUUUGGCUUCAGAUAGCCUGGGCUCAUGCCGAGAGAUCCAUGAUGCUCUGUUGACUUCUCUGGCGGAGGCUGAUGGUCUCCCAAGAGAGGCACAAUGUGUUCUUGACCAUACCAUGCUCUUGCGUGCCAAGGAGAAGUACCUUUUCGAUGCUGUUGCAAACAGAGACAUCGUUGCGGAUGAUCCUUGGGUCAAGUAUGUCUGGGAUUGGAUUGCAAGCGCAGAGGAUAUGGCAGAUGACGGUGGUUUGAUUGUGUCAAAUAUCGACCUCAGCUAUAUGGGCGUUCACUCUAUAUGGACCAAUAACCUUGGCCGGAAUCCUGGCUUGAGGCUACCCGCCGGAGCAUCAGUACCAGAUCGAUCUACCUGGGAGCGCAGCAUUGGGGCAUUCUGCAAAAAGCACCAUCUACCCAAGUUUGAUGGAGCUUAUACCAAGUAUCCUCACCAUCGUCAGUUGUGUCUCGAGAUUUGCGGCUGGGGCGACUCGGAGAAGCAUGACCCCAAGGGCCGUAAUCGCGAGCCAGACCCCGAGUAUCCAACGACGAUCCACACUAUGACUGCAGCGCGGGCCCUCUUCGCCGGCGACACUAAGCAGGCUAUCCAAAUCCUCAAGAAAGCCAGCACGGCGCAUCCGGAGCUGCUCUUCGUCUCUCUUGCCCUCCAGCUCAUGGGCCGUGGCGAUAAGAAACUUGCCGAGGAGCAGCUGGACUUUGACGAGGCCGUGGCGUCCAAGACGGACCCCUAUCUCCGUGCCAUUUCGUCUCUGAUUGCGACGGGCGACUGGGCCGCCAUUGCCAACCAGCCUUCGCUACCCCUAUCGGAUCGUGCCUAUGUUGCAGUCCGCAACUUUGACGAUGACCAGCUCGCCGCGUGGCUAAAGGACCAGGUUGCCCAAGCCGUAACGGAUGGAGACAUCGAGGGCAUCGUGCUCACCGGCAUCACGGAGACCAUGGUGGACAUCUUUGCCCGCUACAUCCAGAAAUUCCACGACGUCCAGACUGCCACGCUCGUCCUCUCCAUUUGUGCCCCUCGGUACAUUGACGACAUCCGCUGCGGUGCCUGGCGCAACGCCUAUCGCGCUCACCUCCAGCGCCACAAGCUCUUCUUCCAGCGCACCAAGUUCGACGUCGAGUCGACCAAGCGCUCUAAGCGGGACGGCACCCCCAGCCUCAAGCCGCCAUCUCGCCAGAUCGCCCUGCGUUGCGUCUUCUGCGAUGCCGAGACCUCGCUCGCAAAUACCCGCCACCUAGGCGCCCAAGCCGUCGCCGCACCCGCGCCCUCGGCCUUCGAGACUCGGAACCCGCUGCUUGCCACCACUAUCAACGCUGGUAUCUGCUGCCCCAAUUGCGGGCGCCAUCUUCCUCGCUGCGUCGUCUGUCUCGAGGUCGUCGGCGUGCCGCGCUCUGACAAGCCGGAGGAGAAGGAGGAGACUCGCAUGGCCGGGCGUUUCCCGACCUUCUGCUUGCGCUGCGAGCACGUCCUGCACCUCGACCAUGCGCGACAAUGGUUCGCUCGACAUGUCGAAUGUCCCGUGCCUGAGUGUCGGUGCCGUUGCAAUUUCAGAGCGAAUCCAGAGUUGAGCUAUCACUAGUUAAGAGUUGGUGAAUGCAUGUAUUCGGGGCCGGUUGGGGUGGGUGUUAAUUAGUUGCCAUUUCUCUCAGUUUCACACCUUUCAGCAUAGUCCAAAGUGUCAC